GUCCCCAGGAUCUCCAUGAGGAAGCACCACAGAGUGUUCAUCCAGCUCAGCUGYAGYUCAGAGAACUGGUACCCAGAGCCUGACAUGUUGUGGACAGACAGCAGUGGGAAGGAGAUCACCUCAGCAGAGACAGAGAGACCCAAACAGAAGGAGGGGGGUGUCCUGUACUCCAUAACCAGUCACAUGAGAGUAGGGAUGGACCAACUGGAGGGGGUCACAUGUGUGGUGAUGUCACAGUACCAGGGAACCAAGAUGGAGUCUAAACUGCAGAUGACUGAGGAAUUCUACAUGAGCAGUCUGCCUGACAGGGUGUACAUCUCUGCAUUUAUGAUUCCUGUGUUUCUGGGACUGCUGUGUAUCACUGCAUCUGUUUUCUCCGUAUUCCAUCAGAGACGAGUUGUUCGAGAAACACUGAAGCCUUUGGAUGAUAUGAAUAAAAAAAUUAAAGAUAUGGAUCAAGAGCUCACCAAAAUGACAGAGGAACUCAGUUAUAAGGAUAAGUUAAUGGGAAUUACUGAAACAAUCCCAGACUCUGUUUGGAGCUUGAUGGUUGAUCAUGCAGUGGAUGUGACUUUCGACCCUGACACUGCACAUCUCAGACUCUCUUUAUCUGAUGAUAACAAAUCUCUCAAAUUUGGAGAAUUAAAAGAAAAAAAAGAUUGUGAGAAUUUCAAAGAAAAAGGCAAAGGAAGCAGCAGCAUGAAGUUUAAAGAGGAACACAAAGAAGAAGACACAGGGCGGUUUGGAGGAAAACCUACAGAACAAAGUAUGUUAAAUAUUUCAGGAAAAGACAAAGACAUGAAAACUGGAUUCUUUAACAGGAUGAUGAAAAAAGGACAAAACAAAGAAGGUACUCUGAAGGUUGAGGAAGUACGCAAAGAAGAGGCCACUGAGAAAUUAGAAGAAAAAUGCAAAGGAACUAAAAUUAAGUUUAAUCAAAAUACGUGUGUCUUGGGAAUGGAAGGAUAUGACAAAGGUACACAUUACUGGGAGGUUGACCUGGGGAAGAAGAGCCAGUGGAGUGUUGGGAUCGCUCAGGACACAGAGAAGAGAGACAACAUCCAAAUGUAUCCAGACACUGGCUUCUGGAGCGUAUGUUACAAAGAUGGAGAACUGAAAACAGUUGAACAGUCUCCCACUUCCCUUCCCAUUGAACUGAAACCUGAGAAGCUGGGAGUUUUAGUGGACUAUGAGAGGGGACAGAUAACAUUUUUCAACGUGGAGAAGAAAUGCCACAUCCACUCCUUCUAUGGCAAGUUUUCUAAGAAACUCUAUCCGUUCUUUGGUCCUUUGAUUGAUUGUAAAGAGGAACUCAAAAUCUCACCUGUGGUACAAAGAGACAAACCCUCAACCUCUGAGAACUGUUAGUGUAAAUAACGGAAGAUGACAAAGUCAUUGAAUAGAAAAAGGUAUUUCGAACCCAAAGCUUAUUAUAUACACUUAAAUUUAAGAUGAAAAUGUAAAUCCUAAAAUGUCAAAGACACCUUAAUCUUUUGUCUUGCCCAUUCACCAUCUGAAUGGAACACAUACACAAUCCAUGUCUUAAUUGUCUUAGGCUAAAGAAGGAUUUUUAAGCCUUUUCUCCCUCUUUCAUCUAAACUGGUUUAACAGGUGUCAUCAAUAAGGGAUUAUAGCUUCACCUGGAUUCACCUGGUCAGUCUAUGUCAUGGAAAGAGCAGGUGUUCCUAAUGUUUUGUACACUCAGUGUUAAUCUAUUUAAAUGUAAAGUCUUAGUUUUAAUUACAAUAUGUAUGACAGUAUAGAAUAAUUGACUCACUCACUGUAAUUAUGUGUAGUUUUGUAAUAUUCUGUUUAAAAAAAGCUUUUCACUCACAUUUUUACAAAAUCUGUAAAAAUGUAAACAGUUUUGUGACAAUAAUAAAAGGCAUUUUAAUAAAAAUGCGUCAUGAAAAGUA